GACCUCCACUUGACUAUCCAUCGUAUAAGUGUUUGUUUAGAUCUGGUUUUAUAAGUACACGUUAAGAUAUUGCCCAGUAUGGCCGCAGGAAUUGUUAAUAUCCGUCGCGAUGUCGACGACAAAUUCUAUCGCUACCGCAUGCCAGUCCUCCUCACUAAAAUCGAGGGUAAGGGUAACGGCAUCAAGACCGUCAUCCCGAAUAUGUCUGACGUAGCCCGAGCGCUCUCUCGCCCUCCCACCUACACCACCAAGUUCUUUGGCUGCGAGCUUGGCGCACAGACUUCCUUUGAUGAAAAGAACGAUCGUUACAUCGUCAACGGUGCACACGAUGCCAUUAGGUUGCGAGAGCUUCUUGAUGGCUUCAUCGACAAGUUCGUGCUCUGUCGUUCGUGCAAGAACCCCGAGACCGACCUCAUCAUUCUUAAGAGUGGAAGGACUGAGGACAUCGUGAGGGACUGCAAAGCUUGUGGAGAGCGGACCGGUGUAGACAUGAGGCACAAACUAACAACUUUCAUUGUCAAGAACCCGCCCAAGAAUCCUAAGAAAAGCAAGAAGAAUGCCAAGGGCGAGGCAAAUGGGAAUGGAGGUGGCGUUCAUGCUUCAGCUCCCGAUGUUCCUGGAGAUGAUGAAAAUGACGGCGACGAUGGCGGCGAGUCCGACGACGAGCUUACCAAAAAGAUCAAGGCAGAGGCUGCAGACCUUAACACUGAAACAAAGCUUGCCAAGGAAGACUGGUCAGCUGAUACUUCCGCUGAAGCUGUCAAAGCCCGGGUUAAAGCAUUGGAGGGCUCUGUCGCUGGCCUUUCUCUCACUCCUGCUGGGGGCUUAGGCGAUGAUGAUAGCGACGAAGAUGCAGAUAGUCCUUAUGCGCAAUUUGGUCGCUGGGUUGAGGAGAAUCGCGAUGACGACGAUAUUGGUGCUGUUCAAAUUUACAAGAAGGCACAAGAAUUUGGAGUGGAGAAAAAGCAUAAAACAGUGCUCGUUCUCGUACAGGCUUUGUUCACAGAAGACGUGGUCAAAGAAAUCGAGACAUACAAAGCUCUGUUGGCCAAGAUGGUCACUUCGGAGAAACAUCAAAAAGCUCUUCUUGGCGGUAUCGAACGUCUUGUUGGGCUCACCCACCCUGAACUAAUUCCAAGUGUUCCAAAAAUCUUGAUGGCUUUAUAUCAGACAGAUAUAAUCGAGGAAGAAGUUGUUAUGCAGUGGGGAACUCAUGUAAGCAAAAAGUAUGUUGAUAAGGAGGUUAGUAAGAAGGUUAGGAAAGCGAGUGAGCCUUUCUUGAAGUGGUUGGAGGAGGCAGAUGAUGAUGAGAGCGAUGAUGAAGAGUAGGUGAUCGGCGUGCGGACAAUUUCCUAUCCAUGUGUUCUCGUUAUCCUUGACUAUCUGUUCGUUGUUUUGUUAUGUCAGAUAUAUUUCUUGGUUGGACUGUCAAUGAAAAUCUUAUUUUUCGCGAGAUUUUGU